AUGUCCGUCCACAUCGCUGUCCUGGACACUGAUGUCCCCGUUCCAGCCGUCUAUACUGCCCGCGGCCUAUACUCGUCUCAAUUUCGCGAUCUUCUUCAACCCGCCGCCGCACGGCUAUCUGAAGCUGGACGUAAAAUCACCAUCUUCACCUCAGCCUACGAUGUCGUAGGCGGAACAUUUCCUCCACUGGAGAGCCUGCGCACCACCAAGCGCCCAGAAAACCAUGACAAUGAGGCCCAGUCCUCAAACCCCCUAGCACAGCCAAUCGACGGCAUCCUCAUCACAGGCGCCGCAGCAGGCGCCUACGACACCGCGAUACACCCGUGGAUUAAACCCCUAGAGUCAUGGAUCCAAACAGUAUAUACCCGAUAUCCGCACGUAAAAUUCUUCGGUUCCUGCUUCGGCCACCAGAUUAUCGCGCAGGCGCUGCUCUCCGCAUCGGCCCCACAAUACCCGCUGGGCACCGCCAUGAAAGUUGAGCUUUGUCCGGAUGGGCGCGAAACGGGGCUCGUUGCUAUUGACUUGUCGCCGGAGUUUGUGGCCUCGUUCCCGGAGGCCGUGAAGAAGCUCCCGGGCGCACAGAAGCAGAUGCGGCUUCAGGAGAUUCAUGGGGACUGGGUUGUCCCUGUUGCUGGACCGACUGCGGAGUUGCCCGCCGGCUGGGUCAAUGUUGGGUCCACGGAGAUGUGUCCAGUCCAGGGAUUGUAUUGUCCUGGGAGGGUCCUGACGUAUCAGGGGCAUUUUGAGUUCGAUGUCUUUGUCAAUCGCGAGACGUGUCUGGCGUUUGGGAGGAGGCUAAAGUGGUCCGAGGAGGAAACUGCCCAUUAUGUUGGAUUGAUUGAGGGGAAGGGGGAGGAUGAUUCGAAAGUUGCGGCUGAGGUGGUUGCUAUGUUUUUGGUGGUUUGA